AUGGCGGACGAGACAGAUUAUAAUGAAUUGCUGCGCAAGAUAUCAAACAGCCUCGAAAACGCCCUCGAAACAUUCGGGCCAGCAUCGAGACAAUAUCAAGCCAUCCUCAGCAUUCUAAAGGAAUGUCUGCAGGAUAUUGAGUCGCAGAAACACACCAAAAAUCAGAAGCAAAUGGUUGAUCCGGAUACGUUGAGUGCCGCUAUGGGAUUUUUGAAGAUUGGAGAAUAG